UCUCGGAUUGACAGAAGUAGUAAAAAAUUUCUCUCCCCCUAAGCUUUCUCUCUCUAACCAGUAACAACAGGUGCCUGGUUUUUGAAGAGAGAGAAACUGAUCUAGACGCAGACACUGAAGCUGAGAGCUACAGUGGUUGAUCAAAAGAUCUGUUUUUUUUUUUUUUUUUUUGUCAUAAUACAAUUAUUACUCGCUCGUCGUCCUUUUGUGGCUGAGAUUUUUGUAGAGCAACAAAAAUCGAGGAUGAUUCGAGUUUAGUUCAAUUCACUUGAACAAGUUCAAUCACAAAGCAAGAGUAGUUGUCUCUGAAAUCUAGGUUUUUUCAGCUCUUUCUGCAGAUUUUGAGUUCUUUUCUCUGUGUGUGUAUAUAUAUAUGUAUAUAUGCUAUAGAGAAUUGAUUUAAUCUGUUCAGAGGUGAGAAACCAGAAGAGAGUAGGCGAAUUGUUGAGUUUCGAGCAUGUUUGGUGUUAACGGCUCACAGGCGGUUUCAGGAGACGUGAGUCUAUUGUUUUCAUCUAAUUUAAAGAAUUCAGAUGUGGAAUUCUCGAAGAACAGAGAGUUUGUGAAUUCAGAUCUGUAUUAUCAUCAUCAACAACAACAACAACAUCAGAGCACUGGCCUAAUGCGGUACCGUUCAGCUCCGAGCACGUUCUUUGCGAGCCUCGUCGACGGCGGAGGCGGCGGCGGUGACGGAUGCGAUGAAUUUCUGAAUCCUCAAUCUUCGAGUUCUGAAUCCGAAACGAUGCUGGCGAGGUUAAUGUCCGGUACUGGUUCUGGUGAUUCUGAUUCGCAUGAUUUGCAAUUUCCCAAUUCUAUAAAGCACGAAAUGGUGGAGUCUGUUCCACAACAACAAAGUAGUGGAUACUCUACUUGUGCUUCGCAGAUGAUUUAUCAACCUCCUUUGGAUCAGGAUUUGGCAAAUCAUAGCUCACUGAGUACUCAAACUGCUGUUGAUAGCUCGUAUAAUGUUACAGAAGCAAAGAUUGGUGGCGGAAAUUGCUCGAAUCUGAUCAGACAAAGCAGCUCUCCGGCCGGGCUUUUCUCCAACCUGAGCAUUGAAAAUGGAUUUGCUGUGAUGAGAGAUGGAAAUUUCAGAGUGGGUAGUGGUACAAAGAACGAAGUCAGUCCAUCAACUAGCAGGUUGAAUGAUCACAUGAAGUUCUCAUCGGGGCCGUCUUCUUGCUUGAGGUUCAUGCCUCAGAUUGCUGAAAAUGGGAAUGAAUGCACAGGGGUAGGUAGCUUUGAGAACGGACAUUUGGGCAAUGGUAAUGACAACAGCAAUAGACAUUAUGCCCCAGGUUUUCCAAAUAGUUCUUGGAAUGAUUCUACAUUCUCUGGCCUAAAAAGAAGCCGAGAUGGCAAUGCGAAGAUGUUCUCUAGUUUUAAUUCUGUGGAAACUCAGAAUGGUGAACAUAGAAACUUCACUCCUAGUUUGACUCACCAUUUGAGCUUGCCAAAAACUUCUGCUGAGAUGGCUGCGGUAGAGAAAUUUUUGCAAUUUAACCAAGAUUCUGUCCCUUGUAAGAUCCGAGCUAAAAGAGGUUUCGCCACACACCCACGAAGCAUUGCAGAGAGGAUGAGAAGAACACGAAUUAGCGAAAGAAUGAGGAAAUUGCAGGAUCUUUUUCCGAACAUGGACAAGCAAACAAAUACAGCAGAUAUGUUAGAUUUGGCAGUUGAGUACAUUAAAGACCUUCAGAAACAGGUUAAGACACUUGCGGAUACUAGGGCAAAGUGCACGUGUUCGAGUAAACAGAAACACAAAUCAGAUCCCACUGCCUGAAUUGCUCGUGUACACACAAUGAUAUGAAGGAAAAGGAAAGCAAUCCAACUCAUCUUUUUCAAUGCACCAGAAAACGGUACGUGGGCCUGAAGCCGAAGGGUGCUGUUGUUUUCACAUCACGAACUAGAUGGAAUAGGUUACUAUUCAACAGAUAAUUCUGACUCUAUAAAAGUGCUCAAAUUAUGUUUUGUUGUAUGCAAUUUGCUGUGUUUAGUUGGGACUUGUGAGGUCCAACCAACUUCAUGUGAAUCCCCCCCUCCCCUUGGAGUGCCAUAGAACCUAGGUCAGAUGUCUCAUGAGCUGAUCACAGCCACAAGGUUAUUCGAAAAUUUGAACCGUGGAAGGGGACUACGACCGAGUUUAGAAACUCGCUACUGGGAUCUUGGUCCCAUUGGGCGUUACGGAGAGCUUGAGUUAUCACAAUUGUAUAGCACACUUCGGGAGCUUGAGUUAUAGCAAUUGUAUAGCACAUUUUCUCAACCUGGAAUCAAUGCUGAAACUUCUUUUUAAACUAAAAACAA